AUGUAUCCAAUUGCACCGAGUGUCAUUCAUCGACAGAGCACUCAAGAGUUUCAUAUCAAGAAUGUCGGCACCAUUCCAGCUGAUACUAUCAUUGCUGCUAAUAUUCAAAGUUUACAUUUUAAUCCUGAACUUUGGGGUCCAGUCGAUCCACAUGUCUUCUAUCCAGAACGUUUCGCUACCAAACGACAUCCACUUGCAUGGAUUCCCUUUGGUGUUGGGCCACGAAACUGCGUUGGAAUGCGAUUUGCAUUGAUGGAAAUGAAAGUAGUACUCGUGAGACUUCUGAAAAUCUAUUCGAUUAUCGACUGUGGUGAACAAACACAUCAGACAAUGAAAGAACUUCAAGAAUUUUUUGUUAUUUCACCUCAAAAAGUCGUUGUACGUUUACAGCGUCGAAAUACGCAGACGUAA